CACCCACCCGACUCUGAAUCUCAGAGCCAACCCUGUCUGAAGUCAGGGCAGCUCUGUGUGAGAUGCACAGAGUAAAUUCCUGCUGGAAAUCACUCUAUAUACAGACUCUGUUUUGGCGCUCCGUGACGUCACUAGUCACUUUUCUGUGCUGACGUCAGCGUCACAGCACAGAACCGGGAACGCUAGCGCGCUAUGAGCAUCCGCUAGCUAAACGGCGAAUUAACUGUCUUCUCUUUAACUACUACACACUUAAUAACUAUCAAAAUAUAGCACCGCCAAAGCGAGCGAACAUACCAUUAAUAUAUAUAUGGCGCUUGUGUACGUUUCUCACCUGUAAACACCAAGACAGACUCACUCACAUUAAUAGCUGCGUCACCGUCUGUGAUAUGCUGGUCUAACUUGUUUGUUUAAGACAAAAAUUACGGCGCCAGUCAUGGCAAAACUCGCUACUGCCACCUAGUGGCGGACACAUGUAUCGCCCUGCAGCUACUUCCUUAUGUAUAUACAGGACUGUCUCAGAAAAUUAGAAUAUUGUGAUAAAGUUCUUUAUUUUCUGUAAUGCAAUUUAAAAAACAAAAAUGUCAUGCAUUCUGGAUUCAUUACAAAUCAACUGAAAUAUUGCAAGCCUUUUAUUCUUUUAAUAUUGCUGAUUAUGGCUUACAGCUUAAGAAAACUCAAAUAUCCUAUCUCUAAAUAUUAGAAUAUCAUGAAAAAGUAUACUAGUAGGGUAUUAAACAAAUCACUUGAAUCGUCUAAUUAACUCGAAACACCUGGAAACACAUUUUCAAAUGUUGAGUUUGUUUUGCUGUUAUAAAUCUUUUUUUUUACUUGGUCUGAGGAAAUAUUCAAAUUUUAUGAGAUACGUAAAGGUAAACAAAAGUUUGAAGCAGACCUUUUAGCUCCGGCGUUGGUCUACCUGUGUUAAUCACGUCCCCUUUUGACUGAAAGUCCAGUUUUUAGACAUUUUUAAGCUUAGAUAUAUAAUUCUCUUCCAUGUUGGCAGUCUGGCGUAGCAAAAUACAAAAACAAACGGACUUGACUCGCCUGGCGCCUCAGCGUAGAAGAAGCAGCAACAAGUACCCGUUGGCUCACUAGCGCCCCUUCCAUGAGGCAGAGUAUUAUCACCUCACCCUGCGCCUUUUCACUGCGGUUUUAUUUCCCAUCAGCAAUACUAAAUAUGUCACUUACAAACAUUAAACUGUAAUGGUUAAAGACCUUAGCCAGACUGUGGAAAAUCAGGGCAAAUAAACAUAUCUGCAAACAUUAUAUUGGCGACAUGCAGAGAUACGGCAACCCGCACGGGCCAAUUGCAUGUCUCAACCCAGUUUGUGAUGGAUUGCGCAAUCAGAGGUGAAGCCCGACUCGUCGCCUCAACUCUCGUUUCAUCCUGUAUUUGAACAGGAAAUAGGCAAAUUCAGCGAUUUUGACUAUCAAAUGUUCGAAAUUAGUCACACAUAAAGAUCGGUGGACAAAUACUAAUAUGAAUUUGAUGUUAUCAUUAUUAUUUUUUUAAACUUUUUAAAACACUUUUUUUACUCAUGCCUCCCCUGACCGCACGUCCCUGCUUGAGAGUAUAUCCCCGGCCUAUCCCCGGCCUUCCCCUGUGUGUGUGAAGCCUUUCUCGUGGCCUAGUAACCUCCACUCUGUGAGUCAGGCGACCGAGGGCCCUCUGCUCCACCGACGACGCUCCUGCGACCUUUGGCCCCUGCAGGCUCCCGGUGAGCAAAGCUCGACGCCCGAGGCACAGCGAGAGCUGAGCGGAUACUCCAUUGUUUCUGUUUCUGUCCCCACAUCAGGAAUAAAGCCACACAUCAUGGUGUUCAAGACGAUGUUUUCCUUCAUCACGUCGUUCAUUCCGACUUCCUACAUACCGGAGUGGUUCACCCUUGAUGCAAAUCCAGUGACUUGUUUACUUCAAGGACUGAUCGGUGCUUGUGGCAUCUCGGUGCUCUGCUCCCUGAUGAGGCUGCACUUGUUUCUAGAAGAGGAGAGUUGUAGUGACACAAAGGACGCGUCGACCCCCGGUCACCACAGGAGGGCUCACUCCGGACUCGUUGGGAAGCUCCAGUUUCUGCUCGUGACCGGGACGCUGGCCGUGGUGGGCUCCCGCGUCGCCUCCCUGGUGGUGCUGGAGUUUUGUAUUCGAGCCGUCUCCGGAUUGGCCACAGCAGGACCUGACUCCAAGAGAUGUGUGCAGCAGCUGCUGGUUCAAAGCCAGUUCUCCCUCGGCUGCGCUCUAAGCUGCAGUCUGCACUUUCUCCACGAGGGGGCGACGCAGCGCUGGCUGUGCCUGCUGCUGGCCGCGGCGCUCGGCUGGUUCCUGGCGGGCCAGGCGGCGCUGCUGCUGCGCCACGUCCUGCUUCUGUACAAGCUGCACAGCUCGCAGCGCUACUGCGGCAUUUGCAUCGGCCUCCUCGCGUGGGGCCGCCGCCUGAUGCCCGCGCUGUGCCGGGCCGUGUGCGUCACCUUCUCCGUGGCGGCGGUGGCCGCGGUGUCGAUCAUCAAUCAGCACUUCCUCUCUACGUCUGAGGCCCUCCGGUUUUGGACCCCGUUGACUAUCUGCUACACACUGCUGGUUGUGUACAUGCAGGAGGACCAACACCGUCAGCCCGGCAGCCAGGCGGUGCUGAACACGGUGGUGGUGCGUCUCGGCGGUUUAACGGUCCUGAUGCUGACUGUUGGACGCUGGGCUGACGUGCUCCACAUCCUAAUGUGCUUCCUGGGUGAAGCCAGCUGUCUAAUCCCCACUAAGGAUCUGCUCGAUGCCGCAUUAUCGCAGGAGGAAGAGGACGCCACACACUACGCGAGAGGAGAGCCUCGACGAAGACCACAGACACAAGAGAAGGAGCAUCGGAGAUAGAAGCGUCCUUUUAGUCCUCGUAUAGGGCCACACCAAAAAUGUACUAUUUUGUAUUCAGUGUAAUGUUUUUUUCAUUAAAAAAAAGACUCCAAAGAGGAAAGCAGA